AUGUGGAACAGGACCGAACCAGGGGACACGAGGAAUAGCCGCAGAGAGUUAGUGUUUCGGGCGCUAAUGGGCUGCUUACUCACCGUGCUGAUCCUCUGGACACUGUUUGGGAACAUUUUGGUGUGCGCCGCGGUGCUCCGCUUCCGCCACUUGCGCACCAAAGUCACUAACACGUUCAUCAUCUCGCUGGCGCUGUCGGACCUGUUCGUGGCGCUGCUGGUUAUGCCCUGGAAGGCGGCGACAGAAGUGGCGGGCUACUGGCCCUUUGGUGCUUUCUGCAACAUCUGGGUGACUUUUGACAUAAUGUGUUCCACAGCAUCCAUACUCAACCUCUGCGUUAUCAGCGUAGACCGCUACUGGGCCAUCUCGAGUCCUUUCCGCUAUGAGCGCAAGAUGACCCAGCGCGUGGCCUUCGUUAUGAUAAGCGUGACAUGGACCCUGUCAGUCCUGAUCUCGUUCAUCCCAAUUCAACUGAACUGGCACAAAGCCAGCGUGGAGAGCGCACGGUCUAACCUCACUGACGCCCAAGAACUGCCCGGGGAAAACUGCGACUCCAGCUUAAAUCGAGAGUAUGCAAUUUCUUCCUCGCUCAUAAGUUUCUACAUUCCCGUGGCAAUAAUGAUUGUGACUUACACGCGCAUCUACCGUAUUGCUCAAAUACAAAUCAGGAGAAUAGCAUCGCUGGAGCGCGCAGCGGAGCAUGCUCAAAGUUGCAGGACCAAAAGGCUCGAGUGCCAACACCACAGCACCUUGAAAACGUCCAUCAACCGUGAGACCAAAGUUCUAAAGACCCUAUCCGUGAUCAUGGGUGUGUUCGUGUGCUGCUGGUUCCCGUUCUUUAUCCUAAACUGUAUGGUCCCGUUUUGUGAGAGACCGGCCAGUGACCACGGCGCGGGUCUGCCGUGCGUCAGCGAGACCACUUUUGACGUCUUUGUUUGGUUCGGCUGGACUAACUCCUCGCUCAACCCCAUAAUCUACGCGUUUAACGCGGAGUUCAGGAAGGCAUUUGCGAGUCUGCUAGGCUGUAGACAGUUUUGCUCGAGUACACCCGUGGAAACUGUCAAUAUUAGCAACGAGUUCGUGUCCUAUAACCAAGACACACUCUUCCAUAAGGAAAUAGCAAACGCAUGUGUGAACAUGAUCCCAAACGUAGUCGACUGCACGGAUGAGGACACCUUCGACCGAAUUUCCCAGUUCUCCCAAAACCACGACAUCGCUACGGACUCCGCGUGCGACUUCGAGCCGAGUGCCGCUGAAAUCAGUUUGGACAGACUAACACAUUUCAGCCCAAACGGAAUCCAUUAG